CAAACCCUCACUCCACGCAAGCUAAUUUAGGCUACACUUCCAAGUACUUGUUGCAUUCUCAAGAGAACAAUUAGUUAAUCAUGAACAGGCCAGGAGACUGGAACUGCAGGUCCUGCCAGCAUCUCAACUUCCAAAGGCGUGACUCCUGCCAGCGUUGCGGGGACCCUCGGUCCGGGGUUGAUUUCGGGGCAUUUGGCGGCGCGCGGGGUGGGUCGUCAUUUGGGUUAACCGGGUCGGAUGUUCGACCGGGAGAUUGGUAUUGCACUGCUGGGAAUUGUGGAGCCCACAACUUUGCAAGCCGGUCUAGCUGCUUCAAGUGUGGCGUAUAUAAAUUAGAAGAUUCAGCUGCAGGGUUUGAUUAUGACAUGCCAAGAUCUCGAGGGUUUGGCUCUGGUGGUGCUGCCGGUGGCAAUAGUAAUCGCUCUGGAUGGAAAUCCGGCGACUGGAUAUGUUCCAGGUCGGAUUGCAAUGAACAUAACUUUGCGAGCAGAAUGGAAUGUUUUCGAUGCAAUGCCCCAAGAGACCUUAGCAACAGAAUUUCUUACUAGCUAGCUAGAUAUGUAAGUCUUGUUCCCAUGCAUGGCCUUUUGUUUGGUAUCCCCAUAAGAAGAAUAGCAAUGUAGUGAUAUGGUGCUUUUAUAUAUCUACUUCUAUCUAUAAUAUUAUUGUUGUCUUUGAUUUGUUUUCCAGAGAGAGUUCACUUAAUCAUUGUAUGGUGCAUGGUUUUCUUAAAAGAUGAUAGCUUUCCUUCUCUUUUUCGUCAUUAGUGGAAAUGAUUUGCAUGAACUUCUUAAA